CUAAUCCAAUUUUCAUUAACUAUUCCAACAGACAUCAAAGUACUCAAAAAUGGCAGCCAUUUCUCUCCACUCGAGCUACAGUGUACUCAGCUCAAGAACAUCAAGAAUAGCGCCAACCACCCCGUCUCUCAACACAUGCACUGUCCAGCAGCCGCGCGCCGCCCUCGGCCGCCUCCACAUGCUCCUCCACUUCUUCGCCGUGUCGGCCUUGCUCUACUACAGAAUCUCAAACCUCAUUCACGGCAGCGUGCCGCUUCUGUCCUGGGGUCUGAUCACUCUCUCCGAGCUGGUUUUCGCCUUCAUAUGGACUCUGGCGCAGGCUUUCCGGUGGAGGCCAGUGGUGCGCACUGUGGCGCCGGAGAAUCUACCCGGAGACGAGAAGUUACCAGCACUCGACGUGUUUAUAUGCACGGCGGACCCGAAGAAGGAGCCGGUGGUGGAGGUGAUGAACACGGUGUUGUCGGCCAUGGCAUUGGACUAUCCGACGGAGAAGCUGGCGGUGUACUUGUCGGAUGAUGGCGGCGCCGCCGUGACGUUGUAUGCGAUGAAGGAGGCUUGUGCGUUUGCUAGGUCUUGGUUGCCGUUCUGCAGGAAAUAUGGGGUGAAGAGUAGGUGCCCUGAGGCAUUCUUCUCGUCUUUUUGUGAUGAUGAGAGGGAGGUUUUGGAGACUGAUGAAUUCAAGGCGGAGGAAGAAAAAAUCCAGUCAAAUUAUGAACUUUUCAAGAGAAAUGUGGAGAAGGCAGCUGAGGUUGAAGAUUCCAUCGACGACGACCGCCCUGCUCGUGUUGAGGUUAUAUAUGAUAACAAGAAGACUGAAGGAGCAAUGGAUGAUCACUCUAAGCUGCCACUUCUUGUUUAUAUGUCCCGCGAGAAAAGGCCAUCUCGCCCUCAUCGCUUCAAGGCCGGGGCCCUCAAUGCCCUCCUCCGAGUUUCGGGGAUAAUGAGCAAUGCUCCUUACACGCUAGUGUUGGACUGCGACAUGUAUUGCAAUGAUCCCACCUCAGCUAAGCAGGCAAUGUGCUUUCAUCUCGACCCCAAGUUCUCAGAUUCCCUCUCAUUUGCACAGUUCCCUCAGAUCUUCUACAACGUUAGUAAAAACGACAUAUACGACGGUCAGGCACGAUCCGCUUAUAAGACUAAGUACCAGGGCAUGGAUGGGAUAAAGGGCACUGUUUGUGCGGGUACUGGCUACUUUUUGAAGAAAAAGGCUUUGUAUUGCAGUCCCAAUCAAGAAGAUGAAUUCCUGGAGGAGCCAGAAAAGAACUUUGGCUUCUCUACCCAGUUGAUUGAUUCACUACAAGCACUUAAUGGGAAGAAUGUGAGAGAAAGGGAAAAUAUGUCUGAUGCGACUAUAGAAGAAGCCAAGAAACUGGCAUCUUGCACCUAUGAACAAAACACCCGAUGGGGGAAAGAAAUUGGUUAUUCAUACGAUUGUUUGUUAGAGAGCACGUUCACCGGCUAUCUCCUGCACUGCAAGGGAUGGACCUCCGUCUAUCUAUACCCGGAGAGGCCGUGUUUCCUCGGCUGCACCACUAUUGACAUGAAAGACGCGCUUAUCCAACUCAUGAAAUGGGCGUCGGGCUUGGUACAAGCCGGCCUCUCGAAAUUCAGCCCUCUCACUUAUGGGAUGUCGAAGAUGUCUGCUCUUCAAAGCAUGUGCUACGGAUACUUCAUGUUCACGCACUUAUACUCCAUUGCCUGCUUGCUAUAUGGCAUCGUUCCUCAACUCUGCUUCCUUUACGGGCUUCCCUUGUAUCCUAAGGUUACAAAUCCCUGGUUUGCAGCAUUUGCAGCUGUAUUUCUCUCCUCCCUCAGCCAACAUCUAUACGAAGUCGUCUCCAGCGGUGGAUCAAUGAGGACAAUGUGGAACGAGCAGCGAAUCUGGAUGAUAAAAUCAGUGACGGCCUGCCUGUUCGGGUGCUUUGAUGUCCUAAUGAAGUACGUAGGAAUGGCUAAAGCAAAUUUCAGGCUGACUAACAAAGCGAUCGAUCAAGAAAAGCUGGACAAGUACGAGAAGGGAAAGUUCGAUUUCCAGGGAGCCAAGAUGUUCAUGAUACCUUUGACAAUGCUGGUUUUGCUCAACUUGGGCUGUUUUAUUGGCGGCAUGAAAGGGCUGAUCAGCAGAGGGGAUGUUAAAGAGAUGUUCGGACAGGGUUUUCUGUCGUCGUAUGUUCUUGUUCUCAGCCUUCCUAUUCUGGAAGGGCUGAUACCCAAAAUUGGCAAGUGAUGAAAGUUUUAGUGUUUGAUCAUUAGCUUUAAUUGUUCUUGUUGUCUUGUGAUUGAAGGUUUGUUGUUGAGGGAUGUGUGUGUAUAAUGGAGGUGUGGUUCCUAAUUUUACUAUUUCAAUGAAACAAUGAGAUAGUUUAAUUUGUGUA